AUGACGCAUCGGGGUCACGAGGGUGAUCCAAAAUUUCGAUAUGCCAAACAUAGUGGAAAAGAUAUCUCCUUAAUAUGUCCAAACUUGUCAGUAACAUCUAAGUCCGACAAUGUUUCACACUCCAUUGAUAGCCUCCUUGAUGGUGUCACGUCAGAAAUGUCCGUCAGAAGAUAUGUUGAUGGGUUAAAACAUGUGUGCAAAAACCAGGACUACUCUGAAAAAGGAAGUCCUAUGAGCCCCAGUUGUGAAGUAAAAAUUAAAGACGCUGAAAUCAUUUCUUCACUUGUGAGGAAAAAUGAAACUUUGUUGAGAGAAAAUCGAGAUUGUAAAUCACAGAUAAGAAAACAAGCUAUACAAAUCCAGUUACUGGAAAAUAAACUAAAAAUAUUAUGCAGUAAUGAAUUGGAAAGGAAUAUUCAGACAACGGGAACAACAAGAAAAACUGAUAUUUUAGAAAAAUGCUGUGAAAAAUUACAAAAAAAGAUUUUUGAAAUGGAAGAAUUUCUUCAUGAUCAUGGUCUAAUGUGGGUCGGAACAGAGUCGAAUGAUGAUGGAAACAUAACUAAUACGGACAGAAAACAUGAGAUAAAAUUCGAUGAAGCUAUUUUCAAUAGUCUAAUUCAACAAAUUCAAUCGUUAAAUAAUUGGAUUGCACAAGGAAACGAAAGAAAGAUUAUACCACAAUCAAAUUCAUCGAAUAUAGUUUGUUUUAGAAAUGAAUCACCAGUACCGAUAAUUUUAUAUGCAGAUGGAUUAUGCCUUCAUUCUGGACCAUUUCGUUCUUACAAAAAUCAUGAAACACUACAGUUUGUUCAAGAUAUUUUAGAUGGUUAUUUCCCAUCAGAAUUGCAAUCACGGUAUCCAAAUGGAGUUCAGUUUGAGCUAAUUGAUAAACAUACUAUUCAAUACAUGUCGUUGAGGAAGCCUAGUUCAUUUCUAUCUCAUGGAAAUAAACUUGGCAGUUUCUACAGUUCAGCAACAGAUGAAUCGAAUACAGAUAAUGAAGUAUCGAGUUAUGAAAGAUACAAGUCAAGUAAUGAUGAGAAUGAAAUAUUCAACAUCGAAAGAGUUGACAAUCAAACUGAUGAAGAAAUGAAUAAUUUAUUUAGUGAAAUAAUUCCGCAUACACUGAACGAUAAACGGAGUCAACUGUUAACAUUUGAUGAUUUAUUAAAGCGUUUACCGGCGUGUAAAUUAACUAAAUCUGGUCAAAUAUUAAAUAUACGACAAGAUAUUCAGAAUGAAUUUGGUAGACAAGUUAGCAUACCAAUAACUAAAAAUAUUGAAGUAAAUCAUGCAACUGAAACACCAUACAUAGAUAAUGAUGAAAUCAAGUCAAAUAAAUUUAUAACACUAAGAAUUUAUUCAGAGAAUGGUUCCGAAAUUUACAAUCUCAAAAUGGAUUCAAGAAGUACUGUACAACAAUUGUAUUCAAUACUUGAUCAAGUAAGAUCAAAACAUUCAUCCGUAAACAAUCGAAAUUAUCGUCUUGUGACUAUGUGUAUACGUAAUUCAACUAACAAUUCAAAUGAACUUUAUUAUCGUCAGUCUUUAGUUGACCAAUCAGCUACACUUGAAGAGUCUGGAAUUGUCGAUCGUACUACACUUCGUAUGGAAAGUCUUCGACAGAAAUUAACAGAAAAUCCGUCACAUUUCGAUACCAAUAGUCUUUUAUCAACCAAAGGAAAUGCAUUAUGGGAUUGUACUGAAUCAGUGAUGCCAAAUCACCUAUUCAGUGAAUCGUUGAACAAACCUAUCAAACCACCUGAACUUAAUUGAACAUUGAAGACAAAUACCACAGCUGCUAUUUGUCACAACAAAUUUUACGUUGAUCCCUUGUGUUAUUAAGCAUAUGAAAACAAUUUAAGAUUCAUAUCCUUUGUUUUAUUAUUUGUUUGGCUGUUACGUUAAUUUUUUUAGUUUUCUAUUUAUGAUUUAUGCUUAUUUUACUGCAAUCGACAAUUUUGUUUCUGUUCAUAGAGUGUUGCAGCAUUAUAAAAGUAUCCUAGUGAUACGACCUACAAGCGAGAUUUAAUAAGUUCAUGAGUAAGCUUAGUGAAUAUUACAAAAUAUCAUCCUGUUGGGUAACUUACACUGCGUGGAUGGCAUUCGACAUAUUUCAGUGAGGAUUGAAUGACUACUUUAAAAACAGUCAGCUGUGUACUAUGUUGACUUGAAAACUUGUACUACAUCACAAAUCGUGUGUAAGCUGGAAAAUAUAGCCAAUAUCUGUAAAGUCAUAUAAUUUGUCAAUGUUUCAAUUACUUGUUCGAGAAAAAGUAACUCAUCAUUCCAAUAUUAAAAAUCAAUUCGUCUUUAUAAACUCACUUUUUAUAAAUUCCAGUUCAUUUUAAAAACUCAUCUUAUACUUUUACAAGCGAAGAUAAAUUACCGUCGCUAAUGAUUAAAAGAAAUUGAAGAUUACUCAGUUAAGAGAGCUUGAUGGCCUUGAGGACAUUUGAG